GAAAGGAGAAGGCGUGCGUUCCGGCCGGCGUGCUAGCUAUUCUCAAAAUAGAAUUAUCGUAAUUUAAGACGAUAAUAUUUAAGUUUUAAAUAAUUGUCGAGUUAUUUUAUUAAAUACUAAAGAUGGCAGAACAGGGUUUCUUGAAACAAAAACCUGGUUUCGCGACUCUCGCUAUUCACCACGCUCAAGAACCGGAAAAAUGGAGUUCGUCUGCCGUUGUUGUACCCAUCGUCACAUCCACGACGUUUAAACAGCCGGCGCCUGCUGAACAUACGGGUUUUGAGUACGGUAGAUCAGGAAACCCGACGCGGAACGUUCUUGAAGAAUGCCUAGCCGCACUGGAGGGCGGAAAGCACGGCUUCACCUUUGCCUCGGGCCUGGGAGCUACGACCACACUUUUGGGCCUGCUUAAAUCGGGCGACCACAUUAUUUCCGGCGACGAUGUAUAUGGCGGCACCAACAGAUUGUUCAGAAACGUAGCAGCCGCGAUGAAUAUUGAAACAACAUUCGCCGAUUUCACAAAGCCCGAAGAAGUUGAUAAGGCAGUUAAGGAAAAUACAAAGAUGGUGUGGUUAGAAACCCCAACGAACCCCAACCUGAAGAUCGCCGACAUCGCCACCGUAGUCAAAGCCGUGAAGAGCCACGGAGAGCACAUAUUGGUAGUCGUGGACAACACUUUCCUGACUCCAUACCUACAGAGGCCGUUAGAAUACGGUGCUGAUGUAGUCAUCUAUUCGCUCACGAAGUACAUGAACGGGCACUCUGACGUCAUCAUGGGGGCCGCCAUUCUAAAUGAUGACGAGCUCGGAGCGAGACUACGAUUCCUACAAAACGCAAUGGGCGUGGUGCCAUCUCCAUUCGACUGCUACCAAGUGAACCGCAGUUUGAAGACGCUAGCCCUGCGCAUGGAACAGCAUAAGAAGUCGGCGCAGAUCAUCGCUGAGUGGCUUGAGAAGCACCCGAAAGUCACAGAAGUUAUGCAUCCAGGUCUGAAAUCUCACCCACAACACGAGCUGGCGAAGAAACAGAUGUCGGGCCAUUCUGGGGUGUUCAGUUUUAAGCACUCGGGCGGUCUGCAGGAGUCCAGGAAGUUCCUCCAGAGCUUGAAGGUGUUCACGCUGGCCGAGAGCUUGGGCGGGUACGAGAGUUUGGCUGAACUACCUUCAGUAAUGACGCACGCGUCCGUGCCGGCCGCGCAGCGCGCCGAGCUCGGCAUCACCGACUCGCUCAUCCGCCUCUCCGUGGGGCUCGAGGACACGGAGGACCUACUCAAGGACCUGCAAGAUGCCUUCAAUGUUACCUUCUGAUCAU